GUCUUCAGUCUUCACUCACUACUCCAAUGGAAUUCUCCACUCUCCCUCUCCUCCUCAUCAUCAAUUUCCUCCUAUUACCACUUCCGCACGCGCUCGACACCAUCUCCUUCACCACUCUGGGCAGAUCAAGCUACGCCUUCGACAUAUUCGCCCUCCCCACCGCCGCCCCCUCCCAAGAAAUCCGCCUCACCUUUGGCGAUUCCGUCAAUUUCAACGGCCAUUUCCCCCCUCCCCAAUCCAUCUCCUUCCUCUCGGAUCGACCCGAACCCGACCCGAUCGCCCACCUCGUCUACGUCACCGAGCGCAACGGCUCCUCCCAAAUCUUCCUCAACGUCUUCAGAUCUGCUCUCCAGCUCCCCACUGACUCAUCUCGCUCUGAGAUUCUUCUAAUCGGCGAACACGAGACCAACGCCCGGAUCUCCAUGAAGGACCGCCCGAGUCUAGCGGGUGGUGACGUCAUCUACAUCUCCACCCACCAAGACCCGGGCAAGCCGCGCUCGAGUUGGACCGCGGUCUACUCGACCGGGCUCACCACCGGUUUGACCCGGCGCCUGACCCCGCCGGGGAUCGCGGACUACAGCCCCGCCGUGUCGCCUUCCGGGGCGCUCACGGCGGUGGCUUCGUACGGGGAGAAGGGCUGGACCGGGGACGUCGAGGAGCUCGCCACCGACAUCUACGUGUUCUCGACCCGGGACGGCUCGGGCCGGGUCAAGAUCGUCGAGCACGGCGGGUGGCCGAGUUGGGCCGACGAGUCGACUCUUUACUUCCACCGCAGAUGCGGAGACGGCUGGUGGAGCGUAUUCUCCGCGUCGUUCGACAUCGUCGGUGGAAAGAUCGACGCUGCCUCGGUGGUGAGUCGGCGAGUCACCCCGCCGGGUCUGCACGCGUUCACUCCCGCAGCUUCCGUCGCUAAUAAGAGCUUCAUAGCAGUAGCUACGAGGAGGCCCGGGUCGGAUUAUCGUCAUAUCGAGUUAUACGACGUCGUUUCGGAUAAGUUUUACGAAUUGACCCGGCACGUUUCGCCUAGUACGCAUCAUCUUAACCCGUUUAUAUCGCCCGACUCCGGCUGGGUCGGGUACCACAAGUGUCGGGGCGAAACCAACGACGGAGUAGGGAAGGGCAAUGACUUAGUAAUUGAGAACGUCCGGAGCGAGUUACCGGGCCUUUCAUUACUCCGGGUCGACGGGUCAUUCCCGUCGUACUCCCCGGAUGGCGAACGGAUCGCCUACGUGCAAUUCCCAGGCGUGUACGUGAUGAACCGAGACGGGUCGGGUAUUCGGGAAGUAUCGAAGCUAUACGCCUUCGCAACUUGUUGGGAUUGGAAGAGAAAGGGAGUAGUGUACACUAGUGCCGGGCCUGAUUUCUCUAGUGAGAGCACCAAGGUUGACAUAGUCUCAGUAAAUGUGGAUGAUGAAGACCUAACUCACAAUUACAAAACCCUAACCAAGGGAGGAGCAAACAAUGCAUUCCCUUCCCCUUCGCCGGACGGGAAAUGGGUCGUGUUCAGAUCGGGGCGAAGUGGGCACAAGAACUUAUACAUAAUGGACGCGUUGAACGGAGAAGAAGCUGGCCUCUAUAGGCUAACUGAGGGGCCUUGGUCCGACACGAUGAGCAAUUGGUCACCAGAUGGCGAAUGGAUCGUGUUCGCCUCAGAUAGGGAGAAUCCGGGCGGGGGCAGCUUCGAAAUGUUCAAGAUCCAUCCCAACGGCACGGGGCUCCAGAAGGUGAUCCAAAGUGGGACUGGCGGGCGAACCAACCAUCCGUGGUUCAGCCCCGACGGGAAGCAGAUCGUGUUCACCUCAGAUUACGCGGGAGUCUCAGCUGAACCCAUUUCAAACCCGCACCAUUACCAGCCAUACGGUGAGAUCUUCGUGAUCAACGCGGAUGGCUCGGGGCUUCAGAGAUUGACGCAUAACUCAUUCGAGGACGGCACCCCGACUUGGAGCCCCAAAUACAUUGGUCCUACUACCAAUGUGGAGUGGCCUUAUAGUGGUUCCAAAUGUCAAUUUGAGGAUUGCCAUUGGCUUAACAUUGCCCCAAACCAAGCAUCAAAGAGGCAGUGUGCUGCUGCUAAGUAAUUUCCAUCCAUGUUCGUAUUUUUGUGUAAAUAAAUGAUAAAUAAUGCAGUGGCCAUCAAUUUGCUAGAA